AUCCGAAUGCAGAAACAUUGUACAUCAAAAAAGUAUACAAACUUUGUUCUUUUUAUAAUACUUCUACAAUACAAAAUAUACAAAAUAUGAAGAAUAUACAAUUAUUUUUCAUUCUUUUCGGCAUUUUAUGCACAUUUUUCUUUAUAUACUCUGAUGCACGGCCUAAAUCAUCAGAAGAUUCUAUGUUAUCGAAGAGAAUAUUAUCGAGAGUAAAAAAACAGGCUGAACUUUCUACAGGAGCACCAAAACCAACUUCUGACCCGUCGACGAUAAAACCGACGACGACGACGACGACGACGACGACGAUAAAUCCAUGCUGCUGUGAAAUUUGUACAGAAUGCAGUGACUGCAAAUGUGAUUGUGACGACAGUUCAUCCAGUUCAGAGGAAUGUUGCUGUUGCUAAUAAAAAAUU